AUAGCGUGUGGAUCUCAACUAUUUGCGCUAAUUCCAAAAAUUUUCACAGCAAAAAAAUUGUAAACAUUCGAGAAAUUACUCAAAUUCAACAAUUAAUAAAAGUUUUUAAUGUAAAACAAAAAUUAUUUAAAUCAACAAAUGUUCUAAACUUUUUUUUAACAACUUUGUAGCAAUGGUGAAUGUUAUGAAAGGUGUUUUUGUUGAAUGUGAUCCGGCUAUGAAACAAUUUCUUUUGCAUCUCGACGAAACGCUCGCAUUGGGACGCAAAUUCAUCAUACAAGAUUUGGAUGAGAAUCAUUUGUUUAUUUCUACAGACAUCGUGGAAACAUUGCAAGCACGUGUAGAUGAUUUAAUGGAUCGCAUUAGUUUUCCGCUGCAUGAAAAAGAACCUUAAAUUUAUAAUAAGCUACUGUAUAUUUAAUACAAGUCGUUCACUUAAGUCAACCAACAUUACAAAACAACAACAGCAAUGACUGGACGCGAGUCUAAUCGUAUAAAGGAUGCGGAGAAGAAACGUGUGCUUGAUGAAGCUGCACGACAACGACGCGCACGCAAGGCGCUUGAAGCGCUCGAACAAGAUAAUUUCCAUGAAGAUCCACAUGCCGAUUUGGUGAUGUCUAAGAAAUUGCCGAAAUUUCAAGAUGGUACUAAGAACACUAAAGAAAAGAAAAGCAAACGGAAAGGUGCCGAGUACUAUAGAGCGAAGUAUCGUAAAAAUUUU